UGCCCGGCACAAGAGCUCGGGCUGGCUAUAUAACAAGGCGCCGGCACGCCCCCGAGAGAGAGGCGCCGGGGCGCGGGAUUCGCUGGGCGCUCUGCGAGCUCGCGGCGCGGGUGCAAGCGGGGAGGCCCCCGCGGGGGAGGAAGCCGGCGGCGGCGGCCCGUGCGUGGUGCCGCCUGGGUUUUGCGCUGGGAGGCCUCCGGUCGCUAUGAGCGCCUCUCCCUCCAGGCUGAUCCCCCUGCUGCUGGCUGCCGCGGUGCUGUGGGGGCCGAGCUGCCUCUCCCUGCGAGUCCUCAGCGGUCAAAAAGUGUGUUAUGGAGAUUUCAAGCAUCCCUGUUACAAGAUAGCCUACUUCCAGGACUUGUCAAGACGUGUGGGCUUUCAGGAGGCCCACCAUGCCUGUGAAAUCGAUGGUGGUGUGCUUUUAAGUCUGGAAAGUGAAGCUGAACAGAAGCUCAUAGAAAACAUGUUACAAAACCUCACCAAGUCAGGCUCUGGAAUUUCUGAUGGUGACUUCUGGAUUGGAUUGUGGAGAAGCGGAGAGGGACAAGCAAUAUCAAGUGCUUGCCCUGAGCUCUACCAAUGGACUGAUGGAACCAUUUCAUCAUUCAGAAAUUGGUAUACGGAUGAACCUUCCUGUGGAAGUGAAGCUUGUGUUGUGAUGUAUCAUCAACCAACUGCAAACCCUGGUCUAGGGGGGGCUUACCUUUACCAGUGGAACGAUGACAGAUGCAAUAUGAAGCACAAUUUUAUCUGCAAGUAUAGUCCAGAUAAUGUCCUAGAAAAAGAACUAGGCGACAGAGCAGAGACAGAUUAUGAGGUUUUCCCAUCAGUGACAGCAGGAAAGCCUUAUGAUGAAAACAAACGAGAAGAUAAUUCCCAUGUAGUUGUUACUGAAACAGGUAUAAUUCCCAAUUUAAUUUAUGUUGUUAUACCAACCAUACCACUGCUGUUGUUGAUAUUAGUGGCUUUUGGUACUUGUUGUUUCCAGAUGCUGCACAAAAGUAAAGGAAGAACAAAAACCAGCCCAAACCAGUCCACAUUAUGGAUUUCAAAGAACCCCAGGAAGGACAGUACCAUGGAGGUAUAACAAUUUAAUGACUGAAAACAAAGCAAAAACAAUAUUUGACAGUCGGGCUUUAUUAUAAUGUCAUCUCAGCACAUUAGCUUGGAAUGGCUUGAGAUUGCAAUGGAUCAGCAACAUGAACUGUAAGCUCCCCCUUGAGGCAACUAUUCUGAUCAUUUUUGUAUGUAACAUUUGAUUAUUAAUUAAAUGAAACAUGUCAUGCUAAAUAAAGAAAGAGGAUGUGUCUAUUUUGCUAAGGGAAGUAACUCGGCUACAACUGAGCAAUGGAAGGGACAAUGCAUUUGAGGUUUAUAGGGGGAAAUAUCAACAAUAUGUGUCAGUUUUAAAAUUGUUUGUAGUAAUCAUUACAUUUUUGUUUCCUGUAGUCCCUCAUACAUUCUACUUUAGUUGGUGUACUGUAAAUUGAAUGGACAUAAAUUUACAGUGUAACAAAAUAAUUUUUCUUUGCAUAAAUAUUUGAUAUAAAUGGAUUGCUCAGUUAUUUACUUGCACAUUUUUCAAGACCGCUCUUGAUUCUUUAGGCACAGAAUUUAUUUUUAUCCUGUAGCUCAGAGACAGUUUCCAAUGCUGUGAAAUUGAUCUGCAAUGGCAAAAUUCAAGUAUUCAGGAAAAUCACUUGAUGCUGCAUAAUGAGUGCGCUUUGCUAGCAGAUGGCCCUAUCUUUUUGAUACAUUUCUCCAGAGUCAACAUAAAUCAUUCUGCCAAUCAUAAGAUAUGAUUUAAAUGCAGCCUUUAAUAUCAAUACUAUUUCCUUUGAAAAGACAAAAAUGAUAGGUAUCACUACAGUAUAAAGUCUGAGAUGUCAGUGAAUAUUUUAUGUAAAAAUUAUGCUUAAAAUGAAAGUCAAAAGUUUAUGAAAAACAGGAGCUAAUAUCUUUUGCAAGUAAUCAUGCAUUUUAGGAUCACACAGGAAAACACAUAUUUUUAAGUAACAUUGAUAUAUUAAUAUCGAUAUUAUAAGAAAAUUUGCUUUCUCCUAAUAUGCCAUAGUGAUACCUAAAUAG